CAAUGAACAUCCAUCCCAUCCAGAUCAGAUGGUAAUUAAUCGGCGAUCCGAUCGUUCAUCCAAUUAGACCAUCUCGAUCCAAGAGCCGGCCGCCGGUAAAAUACCCCUGCCGGCCGCCACCACCAAACCAGUUCCGGCCGGCGUCGUUGCCCACUUGCCCGUGUCUAUUCUCCCUCGCCAUCUCACCUGCAGGCUGCAGCCGGCAGUUCUGCGUUUGGCCGCCGUUCGGCCGUUCACGAGCGGCGGAGCGGGACGGACACUGCUGACCUGACUCCCAAUACCUCGGGUCUCCCCCUCCCCCAGCCUCCAUCCAGGUCACGUCCUCCGUCGGCCGGCCUCGUACUCGUCUGCGCCUUCGUCGCCCGUCUGCUCCGGCUCCGCUCCGCUUCUUCGACCCCGCCUCCCCCGUGGGGCGGGAGCCGGGAGUGCGCGCUCGCGCCCCCCCCCUCCAGAUCUCCGCGGCCGCUGGCUCGGUCGGGCUUGGUCGUCGCGCCCGGGCUAAGCCUGGUUAUUGUGUCCCCGGGGGGCGGCGAUGCGGCGGACCGCUGCGCUUCUCCUGGUGACCGUCUUCGCCGUGGUCGCCGUAGCGAAGGGUAGUGCUGAUACGCCACCAGCUGAAACAAAUGGUGAUAGCUCUAGUGCACAGUCAGGCGUUGGGAAACUGGAACAACAUGAUCAGACAAAUCCUAAUCCUAAUAAAGAGCAUGUGACCCAACAGAAAGGAGGAGUUAGCAAUGAUAUUGGUGACAACAAUAAGAAGGAUAACUCAACAGAAGGAACUGACGUCAGCAGAGAUGACUUGACACCACAGCCAAAGGAUAAAGAUAACAGCAUAACAAAGCCUUCACAAGCACGAGAUUUCUGGGAAGAUCCUCUUAUCAAGGAGUGCGAUCCAUCACAUAGAUGUAUCAUUGAAAAUAAGAAAUUCAUCGCCUGCUUAAAAGUUUCUGGAGAAGACUCAUCAGCUCUGUCACUCCUGAUGGACAACAGAGGCGUAAACCCACUUGAUGUUAGCAUCACGGCCCCAGAUUAUGUCACUUUAGCUGAAGAUGCCAUCCAUGUUAAAGCAAAUGAUCACAAUGAGGUGAGAGUUUCUGUUAGUGAUGAUGCAAACAAGGCGACAAUAGUCCUCAAAGUUGCAGAAAACUCCUGUAACAUUAGCAUUCACAAUGCAAUCACAAGGGAGACUGGCAGAGUUAUUCGGAUGCCACUUACAUCAACAUACACGCUGCUGCCUAUCUUUCUUCUCCUUGCUGUGGUGGGAGUGUGCAUCAUGCUUCGGAGGACACGCAAGCAAGAUGGCGAACCUGCAUAUCAGAAGCUAGACAUGUCAGACUUACCAGUUUCAGUUGGAGGCAAGAAAGAGACCGAUGAUCAGUCUGAUAAGUGGGACGACAAUUGGGGAGAUGACUGGGACGAUGAGGAAGCUCCGAUGACACCAUCCAAACCUCUGCCCAACCCUUCGUCCAAAGGUCUCGCUUCGAGGCGUUCGACAAAAGAUGGAUGGAAAGAUUAGUUAGCCAAAUGACGCCAGUUAAAGGAGCAUUGCAGAAAUAGUUCCAAUGCAUGUACCAUAUUUUUGCCUUCCGCUUUGUUGUUAAAGUGUUCUGGAGGAGGAUGCUAUGUCAGAGAGUGCAAUGCAUUGAUACCAAGCAGAAAAUUUUGUAAGCUCCCACUGCCAAUUUGAGUUACUGGCAACUACUGAAUAUAAUAGUUUUCUCAGGUGCACUUAUGUUCUUGUGAGGUUCUAUUUGUAUUGAUCUUUCUCCGUAUAUAA